GCCCCCGGCGAUCUCGCCCGUCCACGUCCUCACGGGCCGCCCGCGGCGCUGGGGCGCGCCCCGCCGCCCGUGCGGGAUCCGACGGUGCGCCGCGCUUCUCCUUCCUCGGCCUCGCCGUAUUAAACCCCGCCUCUCGCCCUCCUCGCCGGCCUCGUUUGCUUCCUUCUCCAUUGCUUUUUCGCGAGAGGCGGGACGGAGACGGACUCAUGAGGGAGACCAGCGCCGCCAGUUGUGAGGGCCCCGUGUGCAAGGCUGUGGUGGGCGGGGAUGGGGACGUGGACGGGAAGGGCGCCGGAGCAGCGGUAUCUGCGCGGCGGCGGCGACGCCGCCUAGAGCUCCGGAGGCUCGGGCGGACCGCUGCUGCGGCGGAGGAGGGCGUGUCGGCGAAGAAGGUCCGGCCGGGGUCGGACAGGUCGUCGUCCGACUCGUCGGUGGAGGCGGACCACGGGGCGGGCUUGCCGGCGUGCCUGUCGCACGGGGCGGUGUCGGUGAUCGGCCGCCGGAGGGAGAUGGAGGACGCCUUCUCCGUCGCGCUCUCGUUCCUGGCCUCGCCUGACGCGGGGGCCAAGGGCGGUGGCUCGGACGGGGAGCAGGACUUCUUUGCGGUGUACGACGGCCACGGCGGGGCGCGGGUGGCGGAGGCGUGCCGGGAGCGGCUCCACGUCGUGCUCGCCGAGGAGGUGGGCCUGCGCCGCGGCGCUAGGAGCGACGCGCGCUGGAAGGAGGCGAUGGUGGCCAGCUUCGCCCGGGUGGACGGCGAGGUCACCCGCGACCUCGCGCCCCCGCCCAAGCUGACCGCGGACGCCGACGCGGACCCGCCCUACCGCACCGUGGGCUCCACCGCCGUGGUGGCCGUGGUGGGGCAGCACCGCAUCGUCGUCGCCAACUGCGGCGACUCCCGCGCCGUGCUCUCCCGCGGCGGCAUCGCGGUGCCACUCUCCACUGAUCACAAGCCAGAUCGGCCGGAUGAGUUGCAGAGGGUGGAAGCGGCCGGUGGCAGAGUCAUCAAUUGGAACGGGUAUCGUGUCCUGGGAGUGCUUGCAACUUCUAGGUCCAUUGGUGACUACUACCUGAAGCCGUACGUGAGUGCGGAGCCGGAGGUGACGGUGGUGGAGCGCACGGACCAGGACGAGUUCCUCAUAUUGGCCAGCGACGGGCUCUGGGACGUGGUGUCCAACGAGGUGGCGUGCAAGAUCGCCCGGAACUGCCUCAGCGGGCGGGCGGCCUCCAUGUUCCCCGAGUCCGUCGCCGGGCGCACCGCCGCAGACGCCGCGGCCCUGCUGGCGGAGCUGGCCAUGUCCCGCGGCAGCAAGGACAACAUCAGCGUCGUCGUGGUCGAGCUGCAGCGACUGAAGAGGAGCGGCGGCGGUGCGGCCUGAUGGGUUAAUUUACUGAUGAGGCUGAGAGCAUGUAGCUGUAGCGUGUAGAUGAUGACAAUUUUAAGAUAUUUGAGCGUGCUGAGGAGCCGGGGAAGGAGGGUCUCUCGGCUGUGAUCAGGGGGUUUGAAUUGGACAGCAUGGUGAUGCAGGGUGUACAUAGGAUGAGUGGUGGUGGGUGUUUUGAGGCUCUCGGUGUCCUAAUCAUAGCUAUAUGCAAAUUUAUUACAUUCUCUUGCA